CGUGAUCGACACCUCGUUAACAAGCGGGCGUGCGAGAGAAAGCGAGAAGGAGAGAGGGAGAGUGAUAGGGAGAGAGAGAGAGAGGAGAGGAAGAGAGAGAGAGAGAGGGGGACACGAGGCAGAGAGAACGGGAGAGAGUGCGUGCGUAAAAGAAGAGCAAGAGAGUAACAUUUCGGAUGACCGCACGGCAAGUUCAGCGCACUGCGCACAGCCGCGUGUACCACCCAGACAUGCGCUUUCUCGUCGUGCUGGCCGUCCACCUCCGCUGUCUGCCGCUGCUGCAGGCCAUCCCGGACAACCCCGAGUCCAACUCGGACGCCGAACCCACGGCGGUACUCGAGCCAGCCGGGCUGCAGCAGCUGCAGCAGCUACAGCAGCAGCAGCAUCUCGCCGGGCCGGGCACCCUGCGUUCGGCCGGCAGGGAGCCGCGGCACUGGGGAAAAGCGGGCGCGAGGAAGGGAUCUCUGUACUGCAGGGUGGGCAUCGGGUACCACCUGCAGAUCCACGCCGACGGGAGGGUGAGCGGGACCCACACGGCGACUUUGCUAAGUAUGUUGGAGAUAUUCGCCCUCUCGCCGGGCAUCGUGGUCAUCAGGGGAACCUACAGCAAUCGAUUCCUGGCCAUGAACUACAAGGGGAAAAUCUAUGCCUCUGCAAAGUUCAACAACGAGUGCAGGUUCCGCGAGACCUACCAGGAGAACAGCUACAACACAUAUUCCUCGGCCGCCCACCCCAUCGCACCAGCGCCGCCCGCCAGCGCCUGGUACCUGGCCCUGAACAAGCGCGGCCUCCUGCGGCGAGGCAACAGCCCCCGUCUGGGACCCAACCACGUCUCGACGCACUUCUUGCCGCUCUUCAGCGGCGCGACGGACGAUCCCGCCCGUGCCUCCGACGCCGCUGCCGUCGCCGGCGAUAAGACGUUUCGCUUCGUGGGCAAGAAGGCGCCGGCAUCGGUGGCCGUGCCCAAGCAGACGGCGGCCCGUCCGGCGCCGCCGGCCGUCGAGGUGCAAAGGAAGGCCGCGGAGAGCGCACCGAGGUACUGGCCCAAAUUUCGCUUUGGGUGACGUCGCGAGGGAACGGCCAAAGAAAAGAUGACCGUGUUUAGGAGGCCAUUGCAGCUGCUGGUGUCGAAACGCGGCCGGGUGCCGCUGCAGCUGUUGGAGCGCUCGACUCGCAAGCGGGUAGGAUGUGAGCUCGAAUCCCGGCCUGGGAGGUCGACUCAACCAUUCAUCGUAAUCAAUGCAGGGUUAAGAAAAUACGUACCGCUGUUAUCAAGCCAACUGGGCUUGAACUUAUGGCUCUGGCCAUAGAAAUGUGGAGUUUCCAUCACUGACCCGGGGCUGUCGAUGCAGGUGAGGUCAUUCUGACCCGGAAGAUAGGGCCGUCACUGACUCAUUUUCUUUGUUGGAAGCUCAAGUUGUAUUCUACACAACGGUCACUGCAUUUAAGGGCAGCAGUGGUAAAACAAUUUCCUGGUUGUUCCAAAUGUUCACGAGAUUGCAGUUUGAUAUUCCUAGCAUAUGCUGAGAAAUAAUUGCACAACGUUGUCCAAUUUGGUGAGCCAAAAGUGCAAAAAGUUACUUAUGUUGAGCCAAUAGACUGAAAACCCUUGCUCAGGUGUGGACACGCGCACACACACACACGUCUUUAACAAGUUUACAGCCGCAACAAAAGUGGAAAUUAUCAGCCUGAGAUUUCAGUUGCGGACGGAAUUGCCUCUGAUGGUGACCUCUGUGAUUGUCUCUGGGAAAUUCACUCACCGCGUGCCAGACUAAUAUCGGGGUGGAGCAAUAAUUAAUUAUACACUAUCAACGUGAUUAGCCAAUGAUGUCUCUAUCACCAGUGCCUGUGUGCAGAGGAGGAACUCAGGAAUUGGGCCUUGAUUAAGACUGCAUUGUUGCCCAGCUAUAAGAUGCCUGGCUGAAAUAAUUGAAGUCCAAGGCUAGCAAUUUCCAUUUGUGCUGUACUUCUGCUGUGUUCGAAAACUAUCUCUUGUUUUUGUUUAAUAUUUAAAAACCUUAAAUUUUUUUAUGAAUGCUCUCCAACAAGGAGGUUGAAAAAUGUUCUGCUUUAGCUGUCCAUUUGGCCUUACAUAGGGUGGCACGACAGCACCUAUAAAGAUUAUCCAAUGUGAUAAACAUUUAGUACAAAGUUGUGUUGCUAUCCAUGAAUUUUCCCGAACAGAAACUGGCCCCAUUUGAUCCAGUACCAAAUAUGCAAACAAGUUUUUGCACGGGACCGAUUGCCGUCAGCUGUCUUAUUGCAAAUUAAAUACUUCUGAAGAUAUAACACACGUCGGAAAGCUUUAGAUAGUCCAUGCGCAUCCACGAUUAUUCCUAAAUUGUUUAACUUCAAACUAUCUCAUUGAAUGUUACCGGCUCGGUCACAUUAAUUACUGGCACGAAUUGAGAGGCAACGUUUUCUUUCCGUUUGGAAAGAAGUCCAUUGCUCUGAGCCUAAACUCAAAACGGUGUUAGACCAGAGGAAGCCAAAAGACCAAAAGACAUCUUCUGGUCUAACACCGUUUUGAGGCUAGGCUCAAAAGAAAUCUGUCUCUAGUGUGGACAAAUCAGUUUCG